UUUACGAUCUGGUAUGCUUAAAAGCGCGUAUGGUUUACUUGUGCUGUGUUUUGCCCUUGUUUUUUUUAAACUUCUUUAACGAAACUUGUUAAUGAAAAUUGUUCGAAGUGAUGGAUGUGGAAGAAUACAAAUCGCCGCAAAGAGUGAUAACUGCAACAAUCUGGCCCCAGUUAGCACAAACCAUGAAAAAUGCAGAGGAUACACCAAAAAAUCUUGGUUCACAUAAAAAAGCAAUACAUCCACGUUCACCCAAAGCGGGAGGUCUCAGCUGUACGGUAAGUUCAGUAAGUUCAUCAAACUUUGUCCCGGCUCCAACAUUAAAUUCUGUGCAUUCGAUCACAAUGCCACAUUCUCAGACACCGCCAGCGAAGCGGCACCAAAAAGUAAGGAAUCCUUUUGAGGCAGCACUGACGGAUAGACUGCAUUUGCCACUAAUUGCCAGUCCUUCUUUAUUCCGCCCGUCUACUCCACAAAUGUCUUCGACCCAAUUUGAGUGGACCAUUGAUGAGAUGUCUAGCCUAAAACCUGCUCAUGUAGAAGCUCACGAGACUCAAUUUCAAGAUUCUCCAGAUCCGGACUUGGAGGCUAAAGCUCAAUUGGCCAUAAGUUCCUACUUUAAGGAGCAACAAAUUGUUCCAAGCCCAGUGUUUUGUCCAUUAAGAAAUCAUCGCAUCAUUUUAUCGGAAUUAAACGGCAACACUCCCAUCUCCAAGCCGGGGCGACGAAUACGCGAUUGCAGUUCCCAAACCGAACUGACGUUGCCUCCAACACUCCCUCCUGCUUUGGAAUUAGCUUUAAAACCAUAUUUUCAACCUCAUUUAGCUGGUGUUGGGGUUGAAUGGGAAAAAAAAUUUACGGGCCCAUUUAACAAUAAUAAUAAUUGGAAUGAUUUGUCAUUAAGACGCAAAUUGUUUGAUAUGCAGAAUAUUAUGCUUGUUGAGAAUGACACAAAUCCUUUAGUUCAAACAUCUUGUGCAAAAACGGAGCAAUGUGCCAAUACUAGUUCUUCUUCAAUAACUUCUACUGCUCAACAUUCGGCCAUAAUAGGUAAAUUAUCGGAUUCUUCGGAUAAGAGUUCGUUUGGAUCGUUGUCGCCUAUAUCAACUUUCGAAAGCUUAUCACCACUUAACACAGGAAGCGCUAAAAACCGUACAAUGCGUACAAUUGAUUUUGCUAAUGAAAUAGGCGAGCAACUGUCACCAAUACAUCCACCUGGUAUGUCUAAGAAGCACAUAAACGUAGACAACUGUACAAAUAACGAAAAGAACAAUGCUGUUACUGAAACGGCAGAUUUAUCGCAAAGCGACAACAAACCUAAACAAAAAUUCACACCAGAAAGAAGUUCAUCGCCUUUGCUCGCCUAUGUGGCUAAUAAAAACAUCACUGAAUCUUCGGCAGAUAGUUUCACGGUAAAGAUCAGUCGUCUUAAGGUUAAUAGCAGUCAAAAAUUGGAAUCUAACACGAUGGUUAGCAAAGUUUUCGCGAAAGAGUUAGAUCUGUCAAUAAAUCCGGAUGACACGGAUGAACUUUUAGAAGACACCUUUGAUAUGGAAGAAAUGCAAUAUUCUCAACUAUCGGCAAUAAGUUCAACUUCUUCCAAUUCCGAUACACCUAGAGGAAAAAGACGCUCAGCUAGCCGCAAAAAUCUAUCCGAAUCGUUUUCAGCUAAUUUGCUGAACGGCGAGCAAGAUGAGAAUAUUGCAAAUUGUGAUGGGUAUACUACUACUCAAAAGGUCAAGGAUAUGGUUAUAAAAAAACACACUCUCUUUCAAGAAACUUUAGUCAACCACAUUAUUAGUUCAGACGCUUUUGCGAAAAAUAUUGAAAAACCACCCAUUACGAAUUGCUCACCGGAAAAGAACUCAACGAUUUUUCGAACAGAUAGUGGGUUCAAUGAAAUAUCCAAUAAUAACACAUCGUCCUCUUGUGAAGCCAUGCUGGAGAAAGCUGAAGACACAGACUAUACAAUGACGUGCAUUUGUGCUUCACCAUUUAAAAAGGACUAAAAAAGCUUCAAAAAUAUUGAAGACUUGUUUUAUUAAUGACAUGAAGUGUACCUCGCGUACAUAUUUUCCGAGAUUUUUUUUUUAUUUUUUUUUUCAAAGACUAAUAAAAGUCAUAUAGUAAACUCCAUUACGCUUUUACUUUAGACGGCUUUUAAGGAUACUCAACACAAAUAAA